UGCUGAUGUUGCCAUGGCGACGAAGGCAAACAAUAUGGCUGCGCCCAGCCCUGCAGGGCAGAAAGGAGCUGGUGGAGAAGCUGUGAGCCCGGUCCAGGGGGGCACCUAGAGGCUGCCAAGGAUACAGGGGAGACGGGCAUCAGCAUGGCCAACGGGGAGAUGGACGAGGAGAGCCUCAACGACCUGUACAGUUGGGUGGAUGCCAUCCCGCUUUCGCGCCCCAAGAGGAACAUCGCCCGCGACUUCAGCGAUGGAGUUUUGGUGGCCGAAGUGGUGAAGUUUUACUUUCCAAAAAUAGUGGAAAUGCACAACUACGCUCCUGCUAAUUCCACGCAGCAGAAGCUCUCCAACUGGGGACACCUGAACAGGAAAGUUCUGAGCAAGCUUAACUUCUCCAUCCCAGAAGACAUGGUCCGGAAGAUUGCCCAGUGCACCCCUGGGAUGGUAGAACUGGUGCUGAUUCCCCUGCGACAGAAAAUCGAGGAAAAACAGAAGCAGGCCAAGAUGUCGAGCUCCUAUCAGGAGCUGGGAAUGCGCCCGACCCUGGAGGAGAACAACUAUCUGGAUACAGGCUUCACUUCAAAGCCCAAACCCAACAGCACCCAGGACCCUCCUGGGUUGGAAAGGGGGCCCAAAGGACCUCAGAGCUACACGGUGCCUCUGCAAACGGACGCCAACCUCCGACUCCACUUAGCAGAGAGGGAACAAGCCCUCCUGGCCUCGCAGGAGAUGGUGCAGAUCCUUCAGAUGAAGGUCCGCCGCUUGGAGCAUCUCUUACACCUGAAGAACGUCCGGAUCGAUGACCUUACCCGCCGCCUGCAGCAAGCAGAACAGAGGCGGAAGUGAAGGCGCCGUCU